GAAGUUAUGAGGCUAAAUUGGACUAAAAGAAUGUAGUUUUAAAGCCUUUUUUUGAAAAUCGAUGGAUCGCUUGAAAUAGAAACCAGCGAGAUGUCACAAAAGAAAUUUUCUGGGGCGCCGUUUGGUGUACAGACAUCGAGGUUUGAUGUCGCUGGCAUUCACCCCAAGAGCAAAACACCUGGAACUGUAACUCAAGUUGCCUAUGACAAGAAGUGCAUGUUGGAAGUGAAUCGGCGCCUUGGACCAGGCUCGUAUAACAUUGAUGUGGGAGGAUUCAACCCCAAGUCUGUGUCCGAGAGAUCUUCUGGCCCUGGAUGGGAAAGGGCUUUUGAAACAGCUCGCCUAGCAAAGAUACCUCAUCUGUUAUACAAAGAACAAUGGGAGAAGAAGCAGCUUCAGAAGCAGCUGCUUGGUCCUGGGACAUACAAUAUCAAUGAUUUUAUUGAUCAGAUGGCAAAAAAGCCUGGCAGCACAAGAGGUGUAUGUGAGACCAGAGAAGCCAGAUUUGACACCACAAAAAUGAGUCAAGUACCAGGACCGGGGACUUAUGGACAAGGAGGAAUACCAAGUGCUGUGGUCGAAGAAAAGGAAAGAAAAUCAAUCAGCAAUGUGGGGAUGCUAGAUUCUGGAAAGUCUUACAAAAGACAGCUUCCUGAAGUGGGAAGUCAUCUUUGUCCAGGGCAGUAUGAGAUGAAAAGCUUUACAGACGAGCUGGAAGCCAGAGUCGUAAGCAAAAGAGGACCUUAUGAUCUCUUUACUGGAGAAAGGAACAAACCUAUAUCAGUGGGAUACUUUGCUUUACCGGCGAAGCAAAACCUUGGUCCCGGGGAAUAUGACUUGAAAUCAUUUUUACACGAACUCCAAGACAAGCACAAAAAACACCACGGAGCCUUCUUGAAGGUGCAACGUUUCCCACCUUAUCCAACCAAUAGGAUCUACUGUUCUACGCUGAGUCAGUAUCCUAGAGACCCGAGCGACCCCGGACCAGGUAGUUAUUCUCCUCAAGAUCUGACCAAACCUGAGGCUUCCCUGAGACCACCCUUUGGUUCAACCGCUGAACGUUUCGACCGUCAUGCUAGGAGAUUUUUCCUUGGAAGCACGAAUCCUGUUGGACCUGGACGAUACGACGUCGAUCGUUAUGGCAAAGCACAGCACGCCAAUGGACACAGCAGUGCCUUCAAUUCCAAGACCAAGAGAUAUGAUCUAAUUCGGGACAAGUACUUAACGGAAAGAAUCAAACCUCGAGAAGUGGACAAAGUUUUUAUGGUCCCCAUUGACGCACAGUAAACGAUCACUGAAGCGAGCAAGUGCGCUAAUAAAUGCAAUUCUAGCACUACUUAUCAAUUGCGAAUUAAAAUUUCCUCACGGUGAAAUUAAAAGAAAAAUACGGUGAAUCUUUUGGUGAGAAAAUUCACGUGGAACACCAGUUUUAUUUGUAUGUUUGGAAGUACAAUUUGUAUUUCACUUCAAACGAUCAGGAAAGGACUUCAUCUGCCUUAAAAGAAAAAUACAAUGCAUCUAUUACUGAGUUAUUUUUAUAUAUCUAGAAUCACAAUCUGUAGUUCGUUUCAAUCAAUCAGGACAGAACUUCAUCUGCAGAACUAAAACGAAACACAGUCAAUGGUCAGCGAUAUUUUUUCGGUCACUGUUGCAUAUUUGCAGGGUUAUAUGACGUGUUCGUUAAUGAAAAAUGCACUUUAUAUCUUCUUUCAUCCCGGCCUUUUUUUUUAUCAAAAAUAGACAGUUUAUCUGUGAUCGACGAUUCAAAGCUUUAUUUUCCUGUUUAAAAUUGACGUUAUCAACUCCAAGACAUUUUAAUGAAACAGAGAAUUAUUUUCUUAUGUUAUCAAAAUAAUAUGGUGCCGUUGUUGGUCUUCAACAAUAUUCUUUUGUAUAAUAUUCAUUCCAGUCAGAGGUGGAUAAUCUUUCACAGACUGAAAUUUGAAGACAAUUAUUUUGAACAGUUUUCCGGCUGGGGGUGUUUUUCUGUUAAUGAUUAAGGCACCAAAUUGUAAACGAGUGAACUCACUCACUCCUUUAUGAAUAAAGUAUUUUUUCUUUACA